AAUAAUGCUGGCUGCUGGCUGCUAGCAUAUACUAGUCUAUUUUAUUGACAUUGUAAAGUCUAAUUAUUAUUAUCUAUUUAGUUUGAAGAAUUUUGAACUCAUGGCUUCAAAGAUAGCUGGUCAGGUCUUAAAAGAGACGACUGGGUUAACUGGCCUAAAAGUUUCCAAGAACCCCAUCCACGAGCUAAGUGUACUUUAUGGCAAAACCUUGAGAGUGUUGCAGAAGAUGCCAGAAGAAGCAGCCUACAGAAAAUACACAGAAGAAAUUGUGUCUCAAAAGAAUAACGUUGUACAAAACGCUAAAUCCGUGGCAGAUAUCGAGAGCCAAAUUAACUGUGGACAAGUGGAGGAGUUGAUUAUUCAGGCUGAGAACGAGUUGACGCUGAGCCGUAAGAUGUUGACUUGGCGUCCGUGGGAACCACUUGCUAAGCCCCCGCCCCCCCACCAGUGGACCUGGCCUCCUGUCAAGUAAACAACCUGCCAUCUACAGUCUUAAACCUUUGUUAUCAGUUAAAUAAAAUGUAGUGUUUAAACUUCAAA